AUGGCCUUCCAACCGCUGCUCCGGCAGCAUGUCAUUCCCCUGGCAGCUUUGACUACGGGCUUUGUUGUUCUGCCGAAAACGUCCGCCCACGCCGACCAGCCUAUCGCGGACCCUAUUCGGGAGAUUCGCAUCCGAAAACCAAUCUACGACGCUCCCUCCAUCCCCUCCGUCCGCGAGAUCGCAGCCACUACACCUCCUCCUGCCUCCGGCAUAACUGACAAGCCUCAAGAUGAGCCCUCGGCGACCACACCACGCCGACCAUCGCCGACUGAUCGACUAGCGAACGAGCUCAAGCGCGGCCGACUUCUACUGCACCGAUGGGCGGUGCGAAGCGAGGACGCGGUCAAUGGCGGGAUGGAUCGCUUCAUGUCUGCCGAGCACAACUUCACCUCUACCAUUGCCUCGCUAGCACCGCCGAAAGAAAGCAACGAGAAGCUACUGCCUGGUGGCAUCUACGUGCUCGUGGCUGCCAUGGCUGGCUCCAUCAUAAGUCGGAAUCGCAACAUUCUCAUUCGAUUCGUCACACCAAUAAUCACCGGCGUAACCACUGCCAACUACGUCGUACCAAGAACAACGCAGAAUGUGGGCAACUUGGUGUGGGACUAUGAAAAGCGCUUUCCCGUUGUGGCGGAUAAUCAUGUGCGGAUAAGCCAAGGCGUGAGGCAUUUCCUCGAGACUGGCAAGGCUCAUAGCCAGAUGGGAUUGGCGAUGGCGGAAGAGAGGGUGCAGGGUGUCACGGAGGCUGUGCAGGACUGGGUGAAGAAAGGCCGUUAA